ACCACCCUGACCUCUAUUGGAAGUGUAAAUCUUAUGGGAAUUGACAGUUCGCGCUUCGGUGUUGAUUGAGAGGAAAGGGAGAAUGUCGGAAAUAGACGAUACGGCUGUUUUGGACGUGUCAUCCGAAUGCAAGUCCUUAAUGUUGCAGAGGCAGUGUAGCAGGGAUACAGAUGUCAUGUCUAAUUACAGUACUUCAUUGGAUGAUUCCGUGGUUGCUUCCCCAUCAGUUGAGAGCUUUUCAACGCUGCCAGACCAGGAAUUGUCAGAGUUUGGUGUUGAUACAAGGGAUUUGGUGGUGAAAGUUGAUAAUCCACAGAAGCACCUUGACACACUGGAAACAUACAUAACAUUUCGUAUUACAACAAAGACGACGCGAACCGAGUACGAGGAAACUGAAUACGUAGUUAGGAGGAGGUACAAUGAUUUCGUUUGGCUUCGUCUGAAACUGGUUGAAGCGUUUCCAACUCAUCUAAUUCCACCCCUUCCAGCUAAACACACCUUAAUAGCUCAGUUGGAUCGGUACUCAAAAGAGUUCAUUAUAGCAAGAAUGGCUCUUCUCCAUCGCUUUCUUAAUAGAAUUGCAAGUCAUCCUGUUCUGAGCUGUAACUUGAGUCUCAAAAUAUUUCUGACUGCAAAACCAUCAGAAUUUUCAAUACACCGUAAAUGCCGACUCAGUCUUCUUGGAAGAGUGUCAAACUCUUUGCAGAACUUGGCUUCAGUGUACAUGAUGCAUCAGAAGAAUUCAGAGUUUGACCGUAUUAGGGACUAUUUGACAUCACUUGGAGAAAAACUUACAAAUAUAGACAAAAUAGCACAAAGGAUUCAAAAGGAAAGACAAGAAUAUUUAUAUGAGAUGCACCAGAUGCACCCUAUAUUUACCUUGUGGUCUGCAUCUGAGCCAGAACUUAGUCCAGUAUUGCUUGCUUUGGCAAGUGCUGUUGAACAUAAUUCUCGUUCGCUGCAUAAUGUUCUUGCUGCUGCUAACCCGAGCUUUGUACAGCCACUGAAGGAGUAUCUGCUAUACAUUCAAGCAGUGAAAGAAGCCCUGCAACGCCGAGAUGCCUUUGAAAUAGAGUAUGAGUUGGCAGUGGAUGAACUUAAGAAAAAAAGAGCAGAAAAGGAACAGCUGAUGGCUAUGGAGCAACAGGUUCCAAUGAAUUCUGGAGGGAACUUCAGUCUUGGAGGAGGCUCAUUGUGGAGAAGUUCUGGUGAAGCAAGAGAGGAAAAAAUUCAAAAAUUAGGUGUUUCUAUACCACAACUAAUCAAGCAAGUAGAGGAAAAUCAAGACAAAGUUGAAUGUGCAAAUGAAGAUCUGAGAGCUGAUUUGGAGCGUUGGAACCACGAGAAAAAAGAAGAUCUGAAGAAAAUAUUUCUUGCACUUGCAAAUCAGCAGAUUAAAUAUUAUGAGCAGUGCCUUGGUGCAUGGGAGGAGGUCCUUCCAGAAAUUAGGGGUUGCAGUGAAACCUCACAACAUAGCAAACCUCUUCAGGUGUCUAGCUAGUUUAGUCCAUAGCCGUUACGCUAUUUUUUAAAAAAAACACACACACACACACACACACACACACACUCACACUCACACUCACAGAGAGAGAGAGAGAGAGAGAGAGAGAGAGAGAGAGAGAGAGAGAGAGAGAGAGAGAGAGAGCGCAAGUGAUAUUGUGUUGUGGAGAGCUUUAGUCUUUUUCAUUGUAGAAUAGUGAUGGAGUGCAAUAAUUAUUUCUAUUUUGUUUCUGAGUCUGUAAAACUGAAUCUUGUUUAUUAUCUGCAUAUGGUUGUGAUAUGGUCAUUAUAAGUGAGUUACAUUUAAUUGAAUUGUUACUAGACUCAUAGACU